AUGGCUUCUUCGAGCGAACGCUACGACAUCAUCUACCUCGCUAAGCUUGCCGCCCAAGCCGAACGCUAUGAUGAUAUGAUCGAUGUAAUGAAGAAAUUGGUGAAAUUUAACAUCGAUUUAACAGUUGAAGAGCGUAACCUCCUUUCAAAAGCGUACAAGAAAGUGACUGAGCCAAAGAGAGAAUCAUGGAAACUUCUCUCAAUAACCGAGGAGGAGGAGGAUACAAUAUACAAAAACGAGACAUACAUGAAGUGUAUUCAAGAUUAUCGUACUAUAGUCGAGUCGGACCUUGCUAACAUUUGCUACGACGUUAUAACUCUAAUUGAUGAUCACCUCCUUCCUUUCGCGUCUAGCACUGAAUCCUCUGUCUUUUACUUAAAGAUGAAAGCGGAUCAUUACCGAUAUAUGGCCGAAAUUAAAACCGGUGAUGAAAAAACAUUAGUCGCUGAAGAAUCAUUGAAAACAUAUGAGGAAGCAAUGGCCAUAGCAGUAGCUCAACUUUCACCUAUUCAUCCAGCACGUUUGGGCUUGGCAUUAAACUUCGCCGUUUUCUACUAUGAGGUUUUAAAUUCUUAUCAAAGGGCACACCACUUGGCGAAGGAAGCUUUUGACGAGGCUAUGUCCGAGUUGGACGAUAUAGGCAGCAGGGCUUGUUCGAAAGAUAUCAAGGUUAUUUUGAGUCUUUUGAGGGAUAACCUUACACUAUGGAAGAGCGAAAAUGAUGAAAGGAGCCUUUGAAAUUCAUCAAUUUACUUCGUAUUUUAGUAGCUUGAGAAUAAUGAAAGGAACAUGUGAAACAUACAUUCCAUUUGUAAUACAAUAGCUUAGCUUGAGCAA